GGCCGGCCGGGCUCAUUGCUGGCGCCGCUACCGCCCGAGUGCUUCGGCUUACGCUCGCCGCAUCCGGCAGACAUGAAGACCCCCGGCGAGGUGCUGCGCGAGGGAGAGCUGGAGAAGCGCAGCGACAGCCUAUUCCAACUGUGGAAGAAGAAGCGCGGCGUGCUCACCCCCGACCGCCUGAGCCUGUUCCCCACCAGCCCCGGCGCGCGCCCCAAGGAGCUGCGCUUCCACUCCAUCCUCAAGGUGGACUGCGUGGAGCGCACCGGCAAGUACGUCUACUUUACCAUCGUCACCACCGACCGCAAGGAGAUCGACUUCCGCUGCGCGGGCGAGAGCUGCUGGAACGCGGCCAUCACGCUGGCGCUCAUCGACUUCCAGAACCGCCGCGCCGUGCAGGACUUCCGCAGCCGCCAGGAGCGCGCCGCGCCCGCCGCGCAGCCCGAGGCCGGGACAGCCCGCGCGUCCUGAGCGCCGCCGCGGAGCCGCACACUGGACGAGUCGGGCCCGACGCGGGCCGCGCCAGCAGGAGCCCAGGGGAUGCCCAGAGCGACAGGAGCCCGGGCAGCGCCCAGCCACUCACCACGGCGAGGACAAAGGCCGGGGCUGCAUCCCUCCCCAGCAAAGAAGGAUCCUCCCGUGCCAAGCCACAGAGCCUCAACCCCGCUGUGCGGGCGCGUUAAAUUAUUGGAUUAUCUAUGUAUUUAUUUUGAUGGUAUUUGUGUUAAAACCAUCUGUCUUAAUAUAUAUAUAUAUAUAUUUCAUCAGUGUGUCCAUUCCAAAUAAACUGCUUGACCUGGUUCUCUUUUCUACCA